UUGCGGCUGACCUGGCAUCGCAUUUAUCCAGCUUCGGCACUAUCAUUGCGACGUGAUCCGCGCAUCCUCAAGCUCCCGCCCUACAUCUCGUUGGCAUGUAUCCUAGGCGGCAUCGCAUGGCUAUUUCUCUUGCCUCUAAGCGACUAUUCCCGACGAACCUACAUCUCCGAGAAUGCACUGCUUCCGGGCCAAGUGCACACGUAUUUCGGUGGGAGCGAUCAGCAUGUACUGCGGGCGUACAAGCAUGAGGUCAACUCGGUCAGGGACAAGUCCAAUUACGAAAUCAACGACAAGCUUGAGGGCAUCCUCAAGAGUGUCGGCUUGAAGGUCGGCCGCCAAAACUAUACGUACGAAUCCGCUGGUGAUGUAUACACCGGUGAGAACAUCUAUGCCAUCCUUCAAGCUCCUCGCGGCGAUGCGACGGAGGCGAUUGUGCUCAUUGCGGCCUGGAAGACGGUGGACGACAAGUUCAACCAGAACGGCCUUCCACUGGCGCUUACACUGGCCCGGUACUUCAAGCGAUGGUCACUCUGGUCCAAGGAUAUCAUCCUCGUCAUCCCCCCAGAUAGCAGGACGGGCACCCAGGCAUGGGUCGACGCAUACCACGACUCGCACGACUCCUCCCGUGUAAAUUCCCUUCCACUGAAAUCUGGCGCUUUACAAGGCGCUAUCGCCAUCGACUACCCGCAAGAACACCGUUUCGAGUCCAUUCAUAUCAUCUAUGAUGGCAUCAACGGCCAGCUACCGAACUUGGACCUUAUCAACUCUGUUGUCAAUAUUGCGGGUGGGCAGAUGGGUAUGGGCACCGCCAUUCAGGAGAUGUGGUCGCACUCCGACAAGUACCGGGACCGGCUGCUCACGAUGCUCCGCGGCAUGUUGAACCAGGGGCUAGGCCACGCCUCUGGCCCGCACAGCAGCUUCAUCCCCUAUCACGUUGACGCCGUCACUUUGCAGCCAUUUGGCGAGGGGUGGCACGACGAAAUGGGGAUGGGUCGCCUGGUCGAAGGAACUUUCCGCAGUUUAAACAACCUCUUAGAACACCUCCAUCAGAGCUUUUUCUUCUACCUCCUUAUGCACAAGGAGAGGUUUGUGAGCAUCGGCACGUACCUACCGAGUGCCAUGAUUCUGGCCGCCAGCUUUACCAUCACCGCGAUCUCCCUCUGGGUGAAGAGUGGUCAUCAGGAUCAGUCAUCAGCUACACCCGGCACGGUGGUCAAGUCCGAGAUUGAGGGCACGUCGUCUCAGGAGCUACUCGUAACAUCAAAGGGCGCAAGCUCAUCACCUAUCUCCGUCCCGGCCGUAGAACGUGAUUUGUUCCUACCCCUGGGGCUCGUAGCUGUCUGCCAGUUUCUCGGCGUCGUGCCAUUGUACGUCUUCAAUCAUAUGCCUGCAAGAAUGCUCGCUCUGGCAUACACAGCCUUCGCACUCACCAACUGUGCCCUGCCCUUUUUCAUUUCCUCGCUCCUGACCUCCGCCUACAACCCCACCGUCCAGCAAUACCAGUUGAUCAAGUCCUUCUCCCUCCUCUUGCUCGGUAUGUUCCUCUCUGCUCUGGCAACCCUCAACUUCUCUCUGGCCUUCCUCGUCGGCGUCAUGGCCAGCCCACUGUCCUUCAUGCGACCCUGGCCAAGCCACGCGGCCGUCCGUUGGGCCUGCGCCGCCUUCCUUCAACUCGCCUCUCCGACGGCGGCGCUGUACUCUGUCUCGUCAUACUUUGAUAUCAGCAUCGGCGAGGUCCUGAAGGAAGCGGCUUUCGGUUGGGAUGUCUGGGGCAUGUACACGCCUGUCAUCAUCUGGGGUGUGUGGUGGCCUGCAUGGCUUAUGGGAUCCGUCAUUGUGCUCGGACAGCCUACAGCCAAGUCAAAAAGUGUAUGA